AGCACCAAGAUGGCGGCGUCCAGCGAGGAGGCCGACACGAGCCAUAUUAGAUCUCCAGUCGGUACCCCUGGAAAAGUCCGUGAUCUGAUCAGUGAAGGGAUCGUUAGUAGGGACCAAACAUCAGGGAGGAAGGAGGUUGGAGCCCCGACAGAAGAAAACAAUGGAUCUGUGGAUACUGUGUCAGGCAAGGCCUGUGAGGCAACCACCAAAGAUUCAUUCUUCAGCAGAGUGGAAUCUUUUUCCUCCUUAAAGUGGGCUGGGAUGCCCCCAGAGCUUUCCCCUCUUAUUUGUGCUAAGUAUGGUUGGUCCAACAUAGAAUGUGAUAUGCUUAAGUGCUCCAGCUGCAAUGCCUACCUCUGUGCCAGCCUCCAGCCUACCCUAGACAUCAGCAAGUACAAGCAGCGCUGUUUAGAGCUACAGAAUUCCCUGAGGAACGCACACGAGAAGUUCUGCUUCUGGCCAGACAGUUCUUGUCCAGAGCAUUACUGGGCCCUACUUUUCAGGGAGCCAACCUCAGUGCUGAGUGAUUUCAUCCAACGUUUCCAGGGUCUGUGUCACCUAGAGAUGCAGUUACCGUCCCUUAAAUAUGAGGAGCUGAAGAGCAUGGAACUAACAGAAGAAACAGUCAGCCUCCUGCUGCACAUGAUAGAGGAUGAACUGAAACCCAAGGAUGGUGAGAAUCUAAAUGGCAGCAUGGGCUCAGAUUCUCUCCUUGUUCAUGUCUCUGCCUGUAUCCUGGCGCUCUGUGGGUGGCAAAGCAGCCCAUCACCAGGGUCACCGCCUCUAUCUAUAAUUAGCUGCUCACGGUGUAUGAGGAAAGUUGGUCUAUGGGGCUUCCAGCAGUUGGAGGCUGUGGAUCUGGACACUUCCCUGGGGCCACCAAGCACUCCUGCAUCUCCAGGCGAUGGGCACUUUGAUAGAAUCCCACUGAGCAUCGUGUCACCAAACAGGAGGGUCACACGCAGCCGCGACACUGAGCAGAGUCCAGCUUCAGCCUUUACCCGGACUCGCAACUGGGAAGCUUCCAGCCCGGCAGACUCGGACACCGUGCGCAGCCGGCCAGUGACACGAAGUAUGGGGCAGGGAGAAACCACAUUAAGCACCGAGCUAUCAUCCAGCCCACACCGCAGAACCAAGCGCCCCCGCUUGUACUCCAGCAGCAGCUCAGAUACCUCCCCCCGAUGCUGCUUAGAUCCUCUGACACAGCACAGGAGCUGGUGCCCUUGGGUGAAUCCAUGCCAGACAGAGAAGAAAGGAGCCGAGGACCAAGGAGACUUAGCCAGGGCAGCAGAGAGCGGCUGGAAGUCUGUGCUUCGAGUACUCCUGGCUGAGAACAAAUCUAGGACUCUCUCUGAUUCCGAUUCCUCAAGUGUACCCGAAAAAUCCCGCAAAGUCUUCAAGAUUUUCCGUCAGUGGAAGGUGACGGCCUCAUCCUGAAGAGCUGUGUGCAUCAGUGUUCUUUAGUAUGAAGACCAUGAGCAUCUCCCACUUGCCCCGGCUGUGAAACUUAAUGGAACAGGGAACAUAUCUGGAUCCCAGGAUCCUCCAUCCGUUUCGCCUCACACUUCUGUAUUUGGAGCUACUGGCUAUUGCUGUGAAUGGAGCAUGACAGUUUUGUAACACUGGUUGUACAGAUACCAUGAAGAGGGUUUUUUCACAGAUGUUCUCCUCUUGUUCCGUUUACUGGGCAUAUAGUAUUUAGAGUUAACAGUUACAGUAAAAAGGCCAGGCAGCUUUCAUAUAGCAUUGACCACACCGGAUGUGUUUCGCAACUUGAGUCUGGCCUGUUAUGAACUGAUACAGACUGUUCCAGGUGUCCUCCUGUAUGAUGCAGAUACAGAAGGUUUCAGAAGACUGAGAUUUUACAAUGAGGAUCUUUCGGUUUAUAUCUGUAUUAUUUUAAAUAUUGUCUUCAAUAUUGAACCAAAUAUAUUUGUGAUAGCAAAUUUGA